GACUGGAUCUGAAACAUAGAAAGAAAUUUCUAAAAAGUUCUUUGCAUAUUUAAUCGUAAACCGUAUAUAACUUUUUAGUGUGUUGAAAAUGGAUGAAGAAAUAAUCGGUUCACCAGUUCCAGAAGAAAAUUUGUAUGAGGAAGAUGAUGAAGAUAAUUUUUCGGGUGACUAUCCUGCUUUUUCGUCAGAUGAAGAGAGUGUAGAGGACAAAGAUAAGGAAGACGAGGUAGGAAAAUCAAAAAUAGCAGAAAAAGAACUGCCAAAAAAGAGGGAACCUCUAAUUGUUCUUCCCGCUACUCGUCAAAGGCCUGAUUAUAGAUCAGAUUUUGUUGCGAUUCCAAAACCACAACGUCGCACUUCAAUUUAUAUGACAAAAUAUGAACGGGCAGCUGCAAUUGGUUCGCGAGCUCAACAAUUAGCAAAAGGAGCUGCACCAUUGGUUGAUAUAAAAAAGGUAACUGAUCCACUGGAAAUCGCUACGAUGGAAUUGAUGCAAAAGCAGUUGCCAGUUGUUGUUCGUCGCUAUCUUCCUAGCGAGGUGUUUGAAGAUUGGGAUAUUAAUGAAUUAAUUAAUCGUGAUGAUUGAAACUUAACAUUUUAAAAAUA